AUGAUCGUGCUAGCGCGAGGGAUGGGGCUUCAGAUGGCCAUGGUGGGCAGGAGGCUCAAGUUUCACUCUCUACCUGAACAAUUCCAUCCACGACGCUCGACUCGUGGUGGGAUAAAAAAUGAGGAGGCGUUUACUGUAGCCACAGAAAAUCACCAUCGCUCUCCCACUCAGGUCGAGGGUCCUCUCCAACAGGCGCUCAAGGAGCGCCACAAUAAUAUUCCUCUGAGUACGAGGUGUCCGGCAGCGAGGUCCGCGUGGCCUGGAUCCCCCCUGCAGGAGGGUCGUCACACGCUCUCCAUCAUUUGGAGGGGCCAGCACGUCGUGGGUUCCCCGUACUCUGUAGUCGUCGACGACUCGCAGCAGCAGGUAUCCCCGGGCCCCAAGAGACAGUAUCUGAAGCCCCUGAUUCACGGCAGCGGCGAGGGCUACCACCUGGACGCACAGCAGGAAUCUUGCCCCGUCUCACAGUCUAUGCGGGGCCAGGCCGGGGCACUUAGAUUCAUGGGCAUCCUGCGCAGGCGCGUUGUGCGUCGGGUCGUGCACGUGGGCGGGGAGGACGUGGUGCUCAGUCCGGACGAAAGUAUCGGCAAGUCCUCGCAGGCGCGGCAGGCGUUCCAGCGAAUGAGGACAGCCUCCAACGAGAGCUUUGAUGAAAACCUCAUCAUGUGGAACAAAGGCUACCGUGGGCGGCGCUUCUCCAUGCCUCCUGCCAUUGACAUAACGCCUCCGCCGCCGUCCGACCAGGGUAAGGCAGAGGAUUCUUACCUUGUCCAUCAGUCUGGUUCGAACUGGUCUUCUGGUAGGGGCCCUGUAAGUCACUCGCCGAUCCUGUCGGUUGAUCUGGAUGAAAACUGCAUAGAGAUGAAGUGUACUCCGCAUAUUCGGGGUGCAGCAUGUGAGAGCGUUGAGGAUGUAAGUGACGUAACGUCUGGGUUUCCUCACUCGGUUGAAAAUAGAGACGUACAAGACAAAAUGCGUGAGACUGUCUCAGCCGAGCAAGAAGAAAUAAAAAGUCCAAAUGAUUGUGAAAUAACCAACGAAUCCCCUGAACAGCAGAGGGACGAAUCUGGUUCAUCAAACGACAAAACACUAAAUGAACACAUCAUGGAAAGACAGCAGUCUCACUCGAGUGAUGACGUUUGCGCGGCGAGUACAGAGGAUGAAGGUAUCGAUGGACAGCACACAGGAAGAAAGAAGGCAGCAAAUGGAGGUAAGGAAAAGAGCAAGAAGAAGAAAAGAGAAAGAAAGAAAAAAUCUAAAGGCAUCUCCGUAAACUCAACUCAACAAUUUGGGCAUCGCUGCGAAAAUAUUAUCAACAUGUGUGAUUUCAUUAUCGAACACAGCCCGAAGAAAGACGCUCUUAGGACGCUUGAGGUUGCCUCGCACAUAAUAAACUACAAAUUUGCAGAAGUUUCGGAAUCUUCCUAUUCCAUACCAACAACAGAAACGAAUUCCAACGACGAAAAAACAAUAGUGGACGAUGAAAAUGAGAUACUGGAAACGGUUGUAGAUGAUAAAGGUAAUGUCCUAAGGAUGAGUCUAAGCAGCAGUGAUUCCGACGGUGAUCUUGCUAAAGCCGUUGACACUAUUGCAGUGAAUGAUGAACACGUACAGAAUGACCUUGAAACUUACAUAGACUUGUCUUUGGAUAACAGAUUACAUAAUUUUUCAGUGGAAUGUCACAAAGAACUUGUAAAUGAGGAUCAGAACAGGAACAUGAAACUCGCAUCAACUAAGAUGGAAUGCUCUGAGACGCCUAUAUUAAAUGAUAAGGAAGAACACGAGAAAAAACUAUUCCAUGAUAGAAUAGGCUGCAUGCACCUUCCUGAAGAUGAAGUACGGAAUAAUGACAAUUCCCAGUUCAGUAUUAUAAACAGUUAUGAUCUUCAAACAAAUGAUUCAUUAAUUUCACAAACAGUUUUAGAGGAUGAACCACAGGGAGAUAGUUCACAGGAUCUGGAAGAACCGCCAAUGGAUAUGGACCAAGAAAGGAAAAACAUUGGUCAUAACUCCGAAUCUUUAGUUAUUCCAGAUCUGGUUAUUAAUCAGGAUGAAGCACAAGGCGAGUCUGAUAUUACUGAUAGUGUCAGCGAUAACUAUGUUGGAGAUAGUCAUAUGGACUAUUUGCAGACAAUUGAUGAGGAAACGGAGCCAAAUUCAAUGGUGGAUGACGAACGCUAUCUCUCAGAGGGAGAUAUGUGUGAACAACCCCUUGAGGACCUACAAUACAAUUCAGAGACAGUUAAUGACUUGUCAAAUGAAUGUCAGGAAGCUGAAGUACACACUGCUUUGGAUAAAUCUGGAGAAACUAAAGCUGCAUUGCAAGAUACCCUUGAGUUUUCUGUAGAAAUAGCAAACAAACUAUCUGCAGAAAUCGAAAGAAACAGAGAAACCAUUGAAAGUCUUGGAGACCAAAUGUUAUCUACAGAAGACGAGAUGGAAGCUUCAAAUAUGAUAUCAGAGGUAGAUGAAGAAGAAGAAACAGAAUUUCCUGAAAACAUAUCAGAGCGACUGAAGGAUCAUAAAAUCAACAAUCAACCACCACAGGAAGAUCAAGAACCCGAGAAACUUGAAACAAAACUUCUAUCUGUUUUAGAAGAGGAUCUAUCGUUUACAAGAAUUUCUAAUCUAGAUACUCUUCAGCAAAGUGUUAAUGAAAUAGUACGUGAGGAAAGUGAUAUUAACUUUACAAAUGAAGCCCUUGACUUGCAGAAUGAGAAUGAAACAGUAUGCAUAGGGGAUGUAGGUGGUACUUCAUUACAGAGAAACAAUACUUGGUCACCGACUAAGGAUGAUCGGUCACGACAGGUAGAACCACUGCUGGAAAAGGAAGAAUCAUUAGGCUUAUGUGUAAGUGAUGAAACCGUGGAAACAGACAAAAAUUUGCUUAAUAAGGAAUGCCAUCUUUUAGAAGGAAAUAAUACUUCAGUCAAAACAGAAAAACAAAGAGAAGCAGUAUUACCAAUACCAGGUGUAAUAGAGGGGUGGAUGUAGUGGAUGACAAAUGUAAUCUUUCCUCAAACAAACAAGCUGAACUAAAGAACACAGUGAUUGAAAAAAAUAUAACAAAUGUAAAUGAAAAAGAAAGGAUUGUUUCUACAGAGGAGACAAAGCCACAUCUAGAGCCAUCUCCAGUUAGUUCAGGAAGUGUAACGUCUUCAUGCAGUUUACCACCCUCUCC